AGGGAGGCGGCGGGCGGGCGGGCGGGGGAGCGGCCGGCGAGCCCAAUCGCGGGCGCCCCCGCCCCGGCCCGCGCGCGGCGCCGCCUCCGCCAUUGCUGCGAGCAGGAGCGCGCGCCGCGGAGGCUCGGAGCCCAGACCUGCCGGACGCGCGUGGGCGCCAGCCUCGGGUCUCCCGGCACGAUGGUGAAGUUGGGGAACAAUUUCGCGGAGAAGGGCGCCAAGCAGCCGCUGCUGGAGGAUGACUUCGACACCAUCCCCCUGAUGACGCCCCUCGAUGUCAAUCAGCUGCAGUUCCCGCCCCCGGAUAAGGUGGUCGUGAAAACGAAAACUGAGUAUGAACCAGACCGCAAGAAAGGCAAAGCGCGUCCUCCCCAAAUAGCCGAGUUCACCGUCAGCGUCACAGAGGGCGUCACUGGGAGGUUUAAGGUCUCUGUGCUGGUCCUCUUUGCCCUGGCCUUCCUCACCUGUGUCGUCUUCCUGGUUGUCUACAAGGUGUACAAGUACGACCGUGCCUGCCCCGAUGGCUUCGUGCUUAAGAACACCCAGUGCAUUCCAGAAGGCUUGGAGAGCUACUAUGCAGAGCAAGACUCCAAUGCCCGGGAGAAGUUUUAUACGGUCAUCAACCACUACAACCUGGCCAAGCAGAGCAUCACGCGCUCCAUAUCGCCGUGGAUGUCAGUGCUGUCGGAAGAGAAGCUGUCAGAGCAGGAGACGGAAGCCGCUGAGAAAGCAGCCUAGUGAGAUGGGCAAGGUCCUUACAAUGUAUCACUUGAAGGUAACAAAGGGACUCUGAGGGACAUUUCAUUAAAUCUAAUUACUGAUAAUUUAGAGGUUACUCAUUUAUGGUGCAACUUGCUUCUGUUGGCUAAUACUGCUUUGCAAAUAAAACUUGCUGCAGACCACCCAUGGGCAUAAAGCCCAGUGCAUCUCAGCAUUGCUUAAAGAGCUGUGAUGCCACUUGUCAUGUUAAGGAAUCUUGAUUUAGCUGCUUACUGGGAUUUACUGGAUGCUGUCAAAGAAUAAAUUCACACUGGCUAUGCAAGGGGGUUGGACUUCAAAUAAUGCAUUUUGUGGAAUUGAUUUUUUUAGACCACCUUGCUGUUACGAGCCUUAUUCCACAGCCAUACCUAGAGUGAACCCUGCUUUGCUAAGAGCAAGCCCCACCUCCCAUUUGCUCCCUCCUCCCAUCAGACGGCAACAGUGCUGAUGGCCAAGAUGCACUGGAGUGAGUGCUGGCAGCAGGCAGAGGUGCCUUCUCCUUCCCCAUGCUCAUGCUGAAGCACUAAGUGCUACAGGACACAUGGUUCCCCGGCCUUGGCACCUUGGUGUGCAGGGCACCAGGUAGAGAAGGCCAGGUGUUGCUCUAGUGCACCUAAGACUGUAAAAGCAUGUGAGGUGAGGGGACUCUGGGAAAGGCAGACCCUGGGCCACAGGCUGCAGAACUCCGUCUCCCUGUAGGUAGUCGACUGCUCUGUGAUGUGUUGCAUAGAAAAGAAACCCCACUGGCCCUUUUAUUCACUCCUAUUAUGAAAAAGUUGGCACUGACAGCCCUAUUGGCAAGUUAGUUUUUAAAACAUUCACUGGGCGGGACAAGUGAAGGUGUGACUGCUGGUAAGCCAGGGCUACUUUAGUUUUGAUAUUGUGCAAAGACCUCAUCUGAUGUAAGCAGCAGGCAGGCAAGGCUGGGAGGGGGCUGGCAUGGCACCUGCCGAUCUGAUCAUGACAUUUCAAUUCACAGUCUUGUAAGAAAAUUGUUUCAACCUGAAUCUUGACAUUAAAGUGUGUUCAAAAAAAUUGCCAGUUAGAUAAACUAAGUGUGUAAGACAAUUAAAUAGAAAAACAUUCAGACAUUUUCUUCCAUGUUCCUUCAAUGUGCUGUUUCUGGUGGACUUGUCAAGUUUCACUGGUUUUCAGUAGAUCAAAAAAAAAUGACAAAUAAUGUACGAUCUGCUGCAAACAAGCAUGGUCAUGGCCAACUCCAUUAUUGUUUCCUGAAAUGUGCUUCCAAGACAAGCUAUAUUUUAUUAUAAAGAGUGUUUGGAAACCUUGACAUCAGACAGUGGGUGUGUGUCACAUGGCUGUUCGGAGGCUGGGACGCAACCGAGCAAUAACUGCGUGCCAAACUGCCCUGCAGGUAAAUACAGAAACCAACUCAAGCCCGUGGAAACACAGUGCCUAGGCACCCAACCUGUAUUUUCUGGUAGACAUGUACUUUAUUGACUGUAAACUCAUUCACAUGUAACUUUUGACAUUUUCACUCUGCAAAUAAAGAACACAAGGAUCCCUG